CUCGUGCAAUAAUAAACUUUGCACCAGGCUUGAGGCGCGCGUCGGACGAAACGCGCUUAACUGUACCUCGUCCAUCACCACGUUGCCCCCCGACUUUCGGGUUGGUGUUUGGGUUUUAUUCCUUUUCGCCUUCAAUAACUACUAUCGACUGUCAACAACUGUCAUAUGGAUCAUCGAACAACACCACCACUAUUUCCGUGACUUUCUGUGCCUUCUCGACCCCCCUCUGACAACUUCCCACCCCUUCACGAACUCAUAUCUGUCAUCAUUUGCCUCCGCGAGCUCAUUCUUAUCAUCGUUUGUAUAGGAUGGAUCCAAGCUUCUUACAUCCCCAGACUCACCAUGACUUCCAUCAAGGUGUGCUUUAUCGCGAUCUCGGUGAGAUUGAUACAGAGACGGGUAGCUCAGCAACCGAUAUGAAUGGCGCCAGAUUCCAUCAUAAUGAGCAUAGGGAACAACGUUGUCUGGAGACAUGUCUUUCUUCUUCAAGAUAUCGGCUUACAGAUCAUCCGAUUUUCCUUCACCAUGGCAGUUGGACUAGGAGGUUCAUGGAACCAACCUCCUGCUGGGCCAUCCUGGUCAAUUCUCCAUGAGUCAAGAGGGUGGAUUUUUUUGAAUGCAAUACCCUCGCACUGGUUUAAAUGACUGGGUUGCCUUCUGUCGAACGGAACUAUAUGCGUUGACAUCCUGCCCUUUCGCUUUCGGUGGACUGGAUGCAUCUUAGAGUUCCUGACCACAACAUUACCUACAGACCUUGCCAAGUUCAAUUAGGGAGAUCAGACCAACGUCGGAAUGAUCGAACGGCAUUGUUUCACCAGGAACUCAAAUACAUCUUUCUCUCUCGCGCUUGCAACCAAUGGUAUCCAAGACCCAACUUGGUGAUGCAGAGUGAUGUGCUCAGCUUUCGGGAUAGUCUCGCGGUUGCACGUUCCCCAACGGGUAUCUGGGCUUAACGUUCGUUUCCUCCACCAGCAGAAACACGCGCCCGCUGUCUUGUUCACUCGCGUUAUACUCUUUCUUCCAAUCGCUGAUUGUGUCAUCGCAUUCCAAGCCAACGCUACCAAGGGCUCGGAGUACGUGACUCAGCUGGCCAUGACGGAACAGGUGUUAUAUCUGAAUUGCCAGGCUCAGAAGACAGGUUGCUGGAAGCUCAAGUCAACCACCAUAAUCUCGAUUAUUCAACGGCUGGCGACGAAAACCGGUAUCUGACGGAACUCUUGGUGACACAUUUCUGCGUCUCCUUGGCUGUACCUUCGAACUUCACCAAUUGCCCAUCAUUUGGACUUCAACUCCAGACUAAUGGUUUGUUUCAUCUCAAGUCCAACUUCACUCUCGUGCUUGCUGCAUCGACAUCUACGAGUUGCUGCGGACCGAUCCUGGCUUGACACCUUCGGCUCUUUCCGGCUGUCAACGACAACUGAUAUCGAUCGGACAUUCUUUGCUGCGACAUCGAGAUCGUGUACAUGAUGCGCAAUGCUCCGAGGGUAUGACAGAAAAUUGAACUCGCGUCUGGCCAAUUGAUACUCCACGAAGCUCACUCCAGCGUCAAGUGGUACAUCAGGCUCAAAUUCAAGCACAUCCAGACCCGGGUAGACGCAUAGACGACUACUGCUGUCAGCUAUCGCUCAUGAUGGAGUCGAGACAGUAAGUGUCGUUGGUGCUGAUAAGCUCACUGUAGUUGGAGACAAUCAGGCGUUGGCUGGUACAGAAAGAUGCGAGUCUAUCGAUCUGAUCGGGUUCGAAGGGAAGGAGGUGCUAUUUAGCACAGAUGAUUCAUCCAGCUAUAGAUGUAUGGGGACUAUACAGAUAUUCCUGAUUACACAGACUGUACUGAAAUCUAAGUCUUGCCCUAACGUUGUCACUCCUUGUUCA